AUGAUUUCUCCAAGAAUUUAAGGUUCUAGUUUCACCCCAAUAAAUACAUCCAAUGUCUUUACAUCAACCAUUAAUGAGGAUGCUUAGAAUACUAGUUUUUCAUCCUAUCACGUGACUCCCAGAUAAGGAGCUACUCCUCGAUAGUUGUCUCGAAUUUAAGAAUAUAAUGAAAAUGAGGACUCUAAAAUAACAGACACUGAUCCAGAAACAUAUAGAGAAGUGAUUAAAGAGUUAUCAACCUAACUCCAAAUGGCUAUAUUAGAAAAUAGAUAAUUGAAAGAUAAAAUUAAUGUUUUAGAGGAAGAACAUCAUGAAAGUUUUUAAAUAGUCAACACUUAAAAUCAUAUGCUAUAAGAUAGCAAUUUUACAUUGUAGGAAAAGAUUAACAAUUUGUUCUCAGAAAUUUAAUAAAUGCAACUUUAAUUGGAAUAGAAAGAUUAAAAAUUGAAAGAUGUUAGAGAGAACAACUCAUAUUAAAAUCAGUCAUCUGAAAAAAUGGCUCAUUUAAUAGAUGAAAAUUAGAAAUUAAUCAAAAUUAUAGAAACCCAAUAAUAAGAAAUUCAUGACUAAAAAGAUGUAAUAAAACAAUUUGAAAAAGCUUUUUAAGACACAAAAGGUAAAGUAGAAUAAGAUGUUAAUGAAAAAUUUAAUAAUAAAUGUAAGGAAAUUGAUUAAUUCAAACAUGAAAUAGAAGGAUUACAAUAAUAAUUAUAAUAAUAUAAAGAAUAGAUAAUGCUUUGGAGUUAGAGAUAUUAAUCUUUGGAUCAAAAUUAUUAAAUUUAAUACUAAGAUUUAUUUUAAAAGUUUAACAUUAGUUAAAAUCAACUGACUGAAUUAUAAAACAUUUAUUAAACCUUCUCAGAUAAUAGCUAAAGAAAAAUUUAAUAAUUGGUUUAAGAAUUAGAUAAUGCAAAAGUGGGUACUUUAAAAAAACAAUAAAACUUAAAAGUUCAAGCCUUAGAGGAUAGAAUUGAUGAAUUGGAAGAAUAAUUAUAGAUUAAAAAGAAUUAAAUCUUUAAACUUAAAGAAGAAUUAAUGGAAUAUUAAAACAUUUAAAAAUUGACUAAGUAAAGAGACUCAGAUAAUAUAGCAGAUAAGAGAGUUGUUGAAGAUUAAAUAUUAGAAAAAUAUGAAUAAAGAAUACAGUAAUUAGAAGAUAAACUUAUUUAAUAGGAAUAGCAAAUUAUUGUUACAUAACAACAUCAACAAUAGUAAUAAUAUUAAAGCUUACCAUAAUAACAAAUGGUUUUAGUUUAGUAAUAAUAAUAAUAAUAAUAAUAGUAAUAAUAGUAAUAAUAGUAAUAAUAGUAAUAAUAGUAAUAAUAGUAAUAAUAAUAAUAAUAAUAAUAAUAGUAAUAUGAACAUAGUUAUUAUGCAAGAACAAAAGAAAAUAAGAAAUUAUAAUUGUUUUCUGAAAGAAAGGAUAAUGUAAGAAUGUAUUAUAGUUUUGCAAAAGAGAAUUAAUAGAUUGAAAAUAAAUAUCCUAGAACAGCUUUAAAUUAUGGAAAUAAUUAUUGA